AUGGUUAUGGCUGCGGUUGAGGGUGUUUACAAAAAGAACAAGCUGGAGCUGAUCUCUUCGAAAAUCUAUCAAGAGAGCUGGGGCGUGCGAAAGCUAUGCCAAUUGGUUAAAGCCAGGCUCUACAAGAAGACCCCUCCGAAGGAUCAGAUUCUCUUGGACCUCCUCGCCGUUCUGAUGGCCUGCAGCGUUGAGGAGCUGGUGCAAACCUGGGUGGAGAUCCGGACAAAGGUGAAAGCCAUGGGUGCAGCAGACGAUGAUGCUGACAGCACGCUAUCUUCUGAUUCACGUGCAAACUCGUUCUCCUCAGACACCACGGCCGAGCCUGAGACCGCGACACCUGUGACUACUGAUGAUGAGGUGCUUGGUGGUGUGGCAGCCAUGUCUCUCGACAGUGGUGCCAUGGACGAGUCGCAAGCGGAAGCCUCUCGGGAUGAGGCUUCCGAGGAUGAUGAAGUGAUGGUGGUGGGUGACACACCCGCGAGGCCCUCGCUGGAAGAUCUUCCCCUCGAGGAAUUGCAGAGGCGUUUGGACACAACGUCAAAGCAGCUUCAUUCGGCAAGGCUCCGGAACAUUAGCAUGAUUUCAUUUCUGUCUCUAUUCCGUGUGCAGCUGAAAAGGCACUUCAAGUUCCAUGCAUGCAAGAAACGAGUCGAGGGCCUGCUCUCUCGACCACACAAGGGCCCGAAGGUAACCUUUGUGGACGAGUCCCCAGUACGACCUUUCCAGUACACAAUGGACACGGAUGAGACACAGAUCGACGAGCCGGACACCGAGGCACUUGCAACCGUCACGGACCCAGAGCCCGAGGCACUUGGAACCGCGAUCACCGAUGGAACCGUCACGAACCCCGAAGCCACCGAGGCACUUGGAACCACGGACACCGAGCCGACCGUCACUCCGACCCCCAAUGGGACCCCCUCUGGUUCCAUGACAUCAGGGGGUGAGCCAGACACGGAGGUUUCUUCCUGUGUAGCCGUUAACCUUUUCCCCGAAGUCCCGGAUGGCUAUGUGACGAGGCGGGAUCAGCUUGCGAUGCGUCCCAAAAAGGACAAGGGCAAGGGCAAGGGUAAGGGUGCAAAGAAGGGCAAAGGUGAAAGCUCCAAGCCUGCAAAGCUCUCUCGGACAAAGUCGAGCAAGAAGCUUGGCAAGCUCAAGCGUAUGAACGCCAAGUCCAAUCAGGCCUUUGAGGAUGAAGGCGACGAGCUCGGUGCUGGUGCCGUGGAAGACGCGAUGCCUUCAGAGCCUUCUUCCAGCUCCAUGCCCAAGCCAAAGAAGGCCCCGAAGCGCAAAGCCUUGCCGCCCACCCCGGAGAUUGAGGAUCCGCAGCCAAAGAGGGCCCCGAAGCGCAAAGCCUUGCCACCCACCCGUGAGAUGAUUGAGGAUCCGCAGCCAAAGAAGAGGGCCCCGAAGCGCAAAGCCUUGCCGCCCACCCGUGAGAUUGAGGAUCCGGCCCCGAAGCGCAGAGCUGCGCCUCCCACCCGUGAGAUUGAGGAUCCGGCCCCGAAGCGCAGAGCUGCGCCUCCCACUCGUGAGAUUGAGGAGCCAAGUGUGACGGCGCCCAAAGGCUUAGGGAGGGGCGGGAAGGUGCCGAGGUUUGCUUCCGGCUUCGGACCGGAAGACUUCCAGUCCAACCUCAAGCUCGAUAGCCCCGUCAACUCCAUGGAAGCAGCGGCCGGGAAGCUGUUGGAGAUUAUGCAUGAGUGCACAAGGGCGGGGGGCCACACACCGAACACAUCCCCUCAGUUUCCUCUCAAAGCUCCUGUUCGAUUGAGCGUUUAUUGGAAGAAGCCCGCCGUUGGGGUCAAGGUUGAGAGAUUCGAAGGUUGUGUCGUCAAGACGCCCCAGUUGCAUUUUGUGUCUUGGAAGUCACCUUGCAUCUGCACACAGAUCUAUGUAGCUUCCCAGCUUGGCAAUGCAGAGUGGUGGUACACUGUCCAGAGGGAUAACCAGAGGGAUCGCAAAGUCAACGAGCUGAAGGACAUGCUGAUGCAGGCUCACACCAGCGCGGUGCGGACCUUCACUGGCGAGAAUGAUGAGUGA